UAUAUAUAUAUAUAUAUAUAUAUAUAUAUAUAUUACUGCUAUGGCAUCAAACGGAACAUUAUCUGGGCACUAUAGUGAGUGAUAAUAAAAAUAGAAUGAUGCAGUAGUGUUAUACUGCUAAUAGUACGCUAUCCGAAUGCAGCUUAUAAGUUAUACAGGCAUGAUAUUGCAUAUAUUAAGUUUAAAAACUAAACUGGGAACUUGGAAAGGAAUCCUAAUCAUUUUUUUCACGUUGCUUCACUUACGUCACUAUUGGCUUCACUUUCUGACUUAUCCUAUAACAUGCCACCAUCCAAAAGUUGUUACUGGAAAUUUUUUGCCCGAACGAACGAAGGCGGCAGAUGUAUUCUUUGCCACCAGAUUGUUAAAACUAAGGGCAAUACAACAAAUUUGCGUUUUUAUCUGGCUCGAGCACAUCCUAAAGUUUUGUUACAAAUAAAGAACACUACUGAUGCUGAGACAUCUGGUGUUACAGAAUCCUCAAUUUCAACAAAACAAGGAAAAGUUAUGUCUCAAGAUGAAACUUCGAUUGAUCUCGAUAUUGAUGUUGAUGAUUUUGAAUUAAUGGCAAAAUCUGUUUCACCUUCUACUUCUCCGUCUUCAUCAGUCACGUCAAAUCUUUCACGAUCAGAGUCAUCAGUAUCAUUACCAGUUGCCAAAAAGAGGCAAUGUACUCUUGAUGUUACUUUCCGAAACCAGAAAUCAUUUUAUGAUGGAGGAACAAAAGCUGCUGAAUUUACUAAUUAUCUUGUUUUUAUGAUCGCGAAAGAUAAUAUGCCAUUUGCGACAGUGGAAAAAAAAGGAUUUCGAACGUUUAUGAAAAUGGUUUCGCCGUUGUACAAGAUUCCCAGUCGGAAAAAAAUCACGAAUUUAGUUGAAGAAAAGUACGAGUUUUUAUCAGAAUCUUUAGAAGCUUUGAAUAAUGUGCGAGGUGUGGCCAAAUUUAGAAAAUGAUAAUGAUGAACCUGAAUCCACAGAAGUAAGAUGAGAAAGAGAACAAACCAUUAAAUGAUUUUAUUUAAAAAAAUAAAGAUCAAAUGAAAAUUAAGAAAAAUAAAAUCAACAUACCUUAAGUGAAGAAUUCACACAAUUUAUUGAAAAUAAUUUAUUAAAUGCGACAAUUGAGCCAGUGAAA